AGUAUGGUCAACACCACCUUGGUGACCAGUUUGCUUCUCUUGGGGUUUUCUGAGGACCCAGAGCUGCAAACACUAUGUGGCAUUUUUUUCCUGCUAAUGUACCUCGUUGGCAUAAUAAGUAACCUUCUCAUUAUCACUGUCCUUACCCUGGACCCACAGAUCCAAGCACCCAUGUACUUUUUCCUGAAGAACUUGUCCUUGCUGGGCAUCUCCCUGGUGUCUGUCCCUAUCCCAAAGUUCACCUUCAACAGUCUGACUCACAACAAUUCCAUUUCCAUUCCAGGCUGUGCCUUACAACUCCUCUUAAUGACCUCCUUCUCAGCAGGUGAGAUAUUUAUCCUCACUGCCGUGUCCUAUGACGGCUAUGUGGCCAUCUGCUGUCCCCUGCACUAUGAGGCCAUCAUGAAUGGAGAUGCCUGUAUGUUGAUGGCAGGAGUUUCCUGGGCCUUGGCCGGGCUCUUUGGAGUCAUGUACACCACUGGCAUGUUUUCUGGGCCCUUCUGUGGCUCCACUGUGAUCCCAGAGUUUUUCUGCAAUGUUCCCUCUUUACUCAAGAUUUCCUGCUCUGACACACUCCUGGUGGUCUAUCCAAGCCUGGGAAUUGGGGUUUGUCUGAGCCUGUCCUGUUGUGUUUGCAUUAUGUUCUCUUAUGUUCACAUUCUCUCCACUGUGCUGAGGAUUCCAUCCAGAAAAAGUCAGUGUAAAGCUUUCUCCACAUGCCUCCCUCAUCUCGUUGUCUUUAGUGUUUUUAUGGUAACUGCAUUCAUGGUUUACCUGAGGUCACCUUCCAAUACACCCCCAGUUAUUGAUAGGCUUCCUUCUGUGAUCUACACUGUGCUGCCUCCAAUCCUGAAUCCUGUCAUCUACACCUUGAGGAAUGGUGACAUGAAAAGGGGUCUGAGGAGACUGCUGCUAUCCCUGCCUGAUUAUUGGGUGUCCUUCAUCUAA